CUCCCAAAACAAACAAGCUCACACUCUUCAAACACAUAAUCCCUCUCAACUUUUCAAACCAAACCUCUCUUCUUCUCUCUCUCUCUCUAGCAAUGGCGCGUCUUCUCUUUCGUCUCCUUCAAGAAGCCGCUCCUCCGUCACCGGCGCAUGUUUCUCCGACGUUAAACUCAGACCUCAUAGUCAUCAUAGCAGCUCUCCUCUGCGCACUGAUUUGCGUCCUCGGCUUAGUCGCCGUCUCUCGAUGCUCCUGGCUCCGUCGCAUCGCCGCCAGUAGGAGCUCCGCCGCGAACUUCGAUCAGAAUCCUCAACCUCCGGUGGCUGCGGCCAACAAAGGACUGAAAAAGAAAGUCCUCCAAUCGCUGCCGAAGCUGACUUACUCGCCAGAUUCUCCUCCGGCGGAGAAACUGGCCGAGUGUGCGAUCUGCCUGAUGGAGUUCGCCGCCGGCGAUGAGCUCAGAGUGAUGCCGCAGUGCGGCCACGGUUUCCACGUGGCGUGUAUCGACACGUGGCUUGGGUCUCACUCUUCGUGUCCUUCUUGCCGUCAGGUCUUGGUGAUUGCCAGGUGUCAAAAAUGUGGCGGCGUACCCGGUAGCUCGAGCUCAGGAUCCGAAUCCGAUACCCGGGUCAAGCAACGUGAAGAUGAACCUAAUAGCUUCUUGUCUUGAUUCCUUUUUUUAGACUUUUCCUUUUUACACAUUACAAUAAUAUAUAAUUAAAAAGUAUUCCUUAUCAUUUUAGAGGAUAAUGGUAAUCUGUCAUGUGUAAAUAUAUAUUUAUUGUAAAUGUAUUAUUAUGUGUAAUGGAAAGUUAAUGUCACUGAACA